GACCUUAUUCCAUUUCAGAGCUGUGUAUGCUGCGGGAAAUCUAACUUAAGCUGUCCCCACUGCUUCCCAGGGUCUACAUUAACCAGAGUUGGGUAUUAAACAGCUGCUCUGAAAUGGGUAGUAGAUAGGUCUUAAGUGCUAGGCUAAAAUUCCUGCCUCUUUAGUCUAAACAAAGUCAGUGUUCCAUUCAAAGUGUGCAUUAAUUUGUAGUCACCACUCGGAACAAAUCUGUAGCCUCCAGUCAGUCAUUUCAUCCUUAUCAAUCUACGUACUUGUUUGUCUCCCAUUCUAGUGUUUUGUCCUGUUUUGUGAGCUAUUGUCAAGGACAUCCCUACAGUAUCUUUUUCUCUAAAAAACAACUCAUUAUCCGGUGUAGCAGGAUGCAUUCAAAUGGUAAAUUGGCAAACUGAGGGAAGAAAAUGAAAUUGUCUUCUGUCUGAUCUCCUAGUAUGUUCUUGACCUGUCUUAUAUGGGACCUAAAGCACUCAGGAGAUGACUUAAUUUAGUCAUUAACAGAAAUUAAGCAAAAUUGUUGAAAGACAUCUUGCCUUCCAAGCCUACAUUUGUCUGCCAUCUACUGUUUGAUACUGUGAUUAGCUCAGUUUUCUUUCAUUACAAACCAGAAUAUAGAAUACAAAAUGUGAAUUUUUUAAAAAUAAAUUUUAUAUUUAACGUAAAACAAAUGAUAACCAAGCUUUCUUAGAAUAAAUUACUCGAGAUGAGCUUGGAAUAUUCCUUUAGAUUCUUAGUGAAUCUUUAAGAUUGUGUGAUAUGCACAUGAGGAACACAUCAUUAAGAAAAUAAUUCUAACUUGUAUUAAGACUGUAAUUUGGGUAAUGACUUGUUCAUGGCUAGGUAUUUGUAUAAUUUAUACUAUUGAAAGAUAGUAGAAUAUACUAAUCAAAUGCAUUAUCUUAACUGUUCAAAACUAAUUUGUUUAAUUUUCUAAAAAGCAAAAUUACAACCAGAUUGUACAAUUAAUUUACUAUUUAGUUAAGGGUCUUUACUUUUCUGUGAACUCUGUGUUUAUAAUUUUAAAUUGCUCUGUAUUUUAUGCUAGUUAAUUCAAGGGAGCCUCUUCUACUGCCACACAAUCUCAGUUCCUGCUGUAUACUCUAACAAACAGUGGAAGAGACUGUUGGGUCAGUAGGUGACAACUGCAGAGGUAUCUUCCUUGUAACGAUGCUUUUUGAGGUUGCUGCUCCCAUCAAUCUGCUCAGUAAAAAUAGCUCAUCUUGUAAUGGAGGGGAAAGUUCCAGUCGCAGCGCUGAGAAGCGAUCAGCUGAAGAAGAAGCUGCAGACCUCCCAACAAAACCCACAAAGAUCUCCAAGUUUGGAUUUGCCAUAGGUAGUCAGACGUCAAAGAAAGCAUCAGCCAUAUCUAUCAAACUUGGAUCAAGUAAGCCUAAGGAACCUGUUCCAACUCUUGCUCCAAAAACCCUUUCAGUAGCAGCGGCUUUUAAUGAAGAUGAAGAUAGUGAACCAGAGGAAAUGCCUCCAGAAGCAAAAAUGAGAAUGAAGAAUAUUGGGAGGGAUACACCAACAUCAGCUGGACCAAAUUCCUUCAAUAAAGGAAAACAUGGAUUUUCUGAUAACCAGAAGCUAUGGGAGAGAAAUAUAAAAUCUCAUCUUGGCAAUGUCCAUGACCAAGACAAUUAAAUGAUGUGUUUUCCAAUUGGGGCGUGGGUGGGUGUAAAGUUAAAAGGAACAGUUUCCUUUUUUAAAGAAUGGUAUAAGACUAUCUUUGGAGCCGCUUUUUUUUUCUUUUUCAUUUACUUUUUUUUUUUUUUUAAGAUUGAGUGGUACACUAAUAAAAUGAGAGUUUGAAAUUAGAGGUAAUUUAUGUUUUAUACACAGAUUUCAGACAUUUGCUAAUUUUGUAGUUUCAUGUGAUUAGUUUCCAAAGGUUACAGAUAAUAAAGAAAUCAGAAAUGGUACCUUUUUAAGAAUUGCAUAUUUUUUUAGACACAACUAUUAGUACAUUAAGAGGGAAGCAAAACUUUAUUGUCUAUUUAAAACUGCAAGCAGUUUCUUCACUCCCUCAUUACCUAAACUGUCAGGCUCCCAGGAACAGCCUUAUAGAGAGAGGGAGUAUUGUUUUGACAAAAAAAAGUUACUGAACUAUUGACUGAAAGUAAAUUUAGAUAAAAUUAGAGUAUAGCUUUUUUUCUUUGUGGGCAUUCAUUUUGUUUUAUGUCAUUAUAAACUAGGUAUUGCAUUGCUGUCAGUGGAUACCGAGGCUUAGCUCUUUUAAAAAAAUUUAAUUUUUUUAUGUAAACUAUGGAGAAAUUGCAAUUGCCUACUUCUUCUGAAUGGGUCUUGUUGUCUACCUUCAUUAGUCCUCAGAGACCAUUUGCUACCAAAGUAAAUCAGUAUUUUGAAUGUGCUUCUCUUAGUUUCUGUUUAUUAGCUAGUUCUUGUACGCAUUUCCACCCUAACUUGAGGCAAAUCAGAAGGAAGCUGUUUCUUUUAAAAUACAAGCCACCACCAAAAAUUUACGUGUACAUAUUGCUUAAGUAUUUGGCUGUUUUUUAUUUUUUAAAAGGUAUAAACACCAAAAAAAAGUAACAUUGUAUAAAGAUGAAAAAUGAGAAGAUGCACUUUCUGUAACUUUGUCUACACUCUUAAGUUACUAACUUGUGAAGUCAUAUUUGAAUUAAACUCACUACAAUUACAUGAAUUAGUUUAAGAAUAUACAUAUUGACCAGUGGCCUCUCAAAAGCACAUUUUAGCUACUGAAAUAGUGAGAAACUGCAUCUUCAUAUUUUAUGGAAUCUUACCACAUAUACUGUUAGAUUUGUGUAUUGUAAGGUGUUUGUUUUGUAUUUUUGUAUUGCAUAUGACUUUUUCUUUUAAUGCUGACAGUCAAACCCAUUUUUAAAAACAUAGUCACAAACACAAGAAAGAGUACAAUGAUUUCCUUGAAAACUAAAAUUUAGAGGCAGCUUCAGACUUGUACUGGUGGUAACUGCUCACUAAGCUCUAAUAGGGGAUAACUCCGGAGAAGCAGCCUGUGUGUAUUCCUAACACAUUAUUCACUUAAAUUUAUGUCUAGAAUAAGCCCCAAGUAAAACAAUGGAAAUGUAUAUAGAACUAUUAGUUCUUACAUUUUAUUAUAUCAAGAUACAUAAAUUUAACUUACUUUAAUGUAGGCAGAGUAUCCAUUUUUGUCCAUUUAACUGUUGUUAAAAUAACAUCCCUCUCCUAUACAUUGAUUUCUUGACCCAAAUUGGAAUACUUAACCUAAAGUCAAGAUAGGAGAGAGGUGAUUGAGAUGAAUGUCUUUACUAAAAUACCAAUAAAUUUCUCAAACUCA